AUGUCCUUCGUUCCGCCUUCUGAUCCGGUUAAUAGGGCUAAGAAGAUAAAGGUAUCUCAACUGUGUGAAAUAUGCCAUUGUCGCAAGGCUCUAAUUAGAAGACCGAAAAACUUGCAACGGAUUUGUAAGCUGUGCUUUUUCCAUGUAUUUGAAACAGAGAUACAUAAUACUAUCGUUUGCGCCAAUCUGUUCCAGAAGGGAGAGAAAGUUGCCGUUGGAGCGUCAGGCGGAAAGGACUCGACUGUAUUGGCAUAUGUUUUGAAAUUACUGAAUGAUCGGUAUAAUUACGGUAUCCAUAUUGUACUGUUGAGCAUUGAUGAGGGUAUCGUUGGUUACCGGGACGACUCGCUGGCCACUGUGAAAAGGAAUCAGGUGCAGUAUGAUCUUCCAUUGGAGAUUGUGUCCUACAGGGACUUAUACGAUUGGACUAUGGAUGAGAUUGUGGCAUGUGCUGGAGUUAGAAGCAGCUGUACGUAUUGUGGCGUUUUCAGAAGACAGGCUUUGGAUCGUGGUGCGGCAAAACUUGGUAUAAGUCAUGUAGUUACAGGACAUAAUGCGGAUGAUAUGGCAGAAACAGUUCUGAUGAAUAUCUUUCGCGGUGAUGUCGCAAGAUUAGAGAAAUCAACUGCAAUUAUAACUCAAAGCUCUGGGUCUCCUAUAAAAAGAUCGAAACCUUUCAAGUAUUCUUAUCAGAAGGAGAUUGUUUUAUAUGCACAUUACAAAAAACUAGAUUAUUUCUCUACUGAAUGUUCAUAUGCACCUGAGGCAUUUAGAGGAACCGCUAGAGAACUCAUGAAAAACUUAGAACUGAUCAGACCAAGCUGCAUCAUUGAUAUAAUACAUAGCGGUGAGAAUUUGAUACUUAAACCGAAAAAAAGCAGCAAAAAUGAACUGAGAUCAGCCUCGGAACAGCAACCUGUGGAGGUACGAAGUGAUGGAUCUGUUAAGCUUCAAAGAAAUACUACAGCGGGGUUUAUCGACGGUGGCAAAUGUGAACGUUGUGGAUAUUUGUCAAGUAAUAGAAUCUGCAAAGCCUGCAUACUGCUAGAAGGGUUGGAGAAAAAUAGGGCAAAAGUUUCGCUGGAAAAAGACACUUCCGUGGCAGGUGCAGCUCGUUUGACAAGAGCACUAGAACGUUUGUCAUUCUAG